CGGACAUUAACAAGACGAAGAAGAAGAUCCUCCACGUCAUGACGCUUGCGUUGGCGGCAUUUUUGUUUUCAUGUAUGGCGGAUGAUUACACACGGGCGCGACUUUAUUCACACAGCAAUGGCCCAGGACCGUUUCUCUCAGUCUUCAGAGGACAUGGGAGUGCUGUUGGAUGAGUGUGAGGAACAGUUUGGACUGCUAAAUAAGCUCCAAAAUGAGAUCAUUUUGGCGGACACCGAGUCUAAUGAUGCUGAAUCGAAUGAGGCAGUAAAUUGCUUAAAUGCAAUCACAGCUGAGCUAGAACAGUGGCAGGAAAUGGAACCAAAAUUAUUGCUGACAAAUCCUGAAGUUUUAUCAGCUGUUGGAAAGGAGGAGUUGCAAAGACUGAACAGUCAGCUUGAAAUGGUCCUGUCAUGUUCACAAGCAAGACUCGAUGCCCUGAAAGGGAUUUUGAAAAGGGAGCAGACAUGGCUGACAGAUAAAAAAGACGUGUUGAAUGCGGUGUCUGAUCGGGUCACCAAAUUACAACAUGAAAACGAGAAGUUAUCAGAACACAGUGUUUUGCUGGAUUUGAAGAGAAAAAUUAACAAUCUAAAAGACUAUCAUAGCGGCCUCAUGGAAAUGCUGAGCGACAUGCUAGAUGAGCACUUCCCACUUCCUGAUCCUCGAGAAAAUGGCACAAAGAAAAAAAGAGCUGCUGCAUAUGAUGCAGAGGUUAACUUGAUUUCAAUGAGUGAGAUUAUCGAGAAACUGACAAACAAAACAUUAGAAACUCCUCAUGACCCUUAUGUGACUACUGAUGACACUUUCUGGCAGCCGUACACAGAGAUGCUUCUUCGCAAUGGUGUUGCAAUAAGGCAUCCAGAUGAUUGCAGUAAAAUUCGUCUAGAAAUGUUUUUUUAAUAUAUGGAGCAUUUAACUGAAUUAUAACCUUGCAGAAAUUACACAAAUAUUAAAGAUAAAAAUCCUUUGGUACAUAUGUACAUUUAUUCCACAAGACACAAAUAUUUAACACCUUUCAUUCUGCUCACAAUGUACCUUGGUGCUUAAUGUGCAACUUGUAUGGCAUUCGAAGUGAAUGGAAUAUUCAACUGUUGAACAGGACAUGGGAAGUUAACAAAUAAAUGUGUCCUAUGGUGUGACAGCAAAAAUUUUGAAAUAUACUAACAAUGAGGAUACAUUUCUCUUAAUGCUAGUUUAUAUUAGAAAUAGUAAUAUAAAAUAGUAUACUAUUAACCGUUUGUUUUCUACACACCAACAGGUCAUAAAAGCCCACAAACCUAAAGACUGAUUCAGAAUAAAGCUAAACUUUGAUUACCAGGUCAUAAAAAAACACAAACAGCGUAAAUACCCUAUCAGGUUAUCCUACCAGUGUAAAAUAAACAUGUAGGUUUAAUUUACAGCACAAAAUACCCUAUCAAAUUGUUCUACCAGUAUUAAAUAAAUAUAUAGAAUGAUUUAACGACGAAAAUACCCUAUCAACUCAACUCUCAACUCAACUUUAUUUAUAUAGCGCAUUUUACAAUUUUUAUUGUUACAAAGCAGCUGUACAUGAGACAUAUUGAUUAUAAGAAAAACAAUUAAAGUUGUACCUGUAAAAACAAGAAAAAGGUGAAAACACAGAAGACAGGCAUACCCACAUACAAAACACUCCACACACACAAUAUGCACACGUACUAACACACAUAGACACACACACGGACGCACACAGACACACACGCACAGUGAAAGCACACAUUUAAGAUAAAGGAGAGAGAAACACAGGUCAAAUAUUAAACAGACUACAAAUAGUCUAUAUUAAUUAAGUAAAACUUUAAAAUUCUAAAGCAGCCGCCCCGGCCAGGCAAAUAGUGCAAAACAGUAUGCAAACGGUGGCGAGGAACCCAAAACUCCGAUUGAGAAAAAAACCUCAGGAGAACCCAGGCCCAACCAGGGGAUUCCAGUUCCCCUCUGGCAAAAGCUGCUGCCUCUACACAAGCUCGACAGUGCUUGCACAACAAGGCUAAAUAAAAAAUAAAUAAAUUUACUAAUAAGGUAAAUUAUAGAUUUAAGAUUAUCAUUAAUAAUCUAAUAUCAUUUGAAUUUUUGUGGUGAAGACGUGUCAAGUCGCCGCGUCCUUCUUUAUCCAGCUCUAUCAUCUCAGCUCUUGUCAGGUCUCCGCUCUACCGGCAUGUCAGGCCAUGAACUGCAUCCUGCUCGCUGUGGUAACCUUGGAACAAUGAGACAAGACUGGCUGAGAGUAGAGUACUGUUCUGCACUCUCUUAUGCAACAAGUACAUCAGUUGUGUUUUUGGUUCCGGUUGAUCUAACUAAUGCAGCCUAAACCCUCAGAGGAUUUAUAUUAUGGAAGUGUGGUGUAUGCAAGAUUAAAAAGAUGCGUCUUUAGUCUAGAUUUUAACUGACAGUGUGUGUCUGCCUCCUGGACAGUGCUGGGAAGACUUUUCCAAAGUUUAGGUUCUAGAUAGGAUAAGGAUCUACCACCUGCACUUGAUUUUGAUAUUCUAGGUAUUACCAACUGACAGGACGCCUGAGAGCGUAAUGCACGUGAAGGACUGUAAUACAAGAGGAGUUCAUUCAAGUACUGAGGAGCUAAACCAUGUAGGACUUUAUAGGUAAUAAGCAAGAUUUUAAAGUUAAUGCGAUGCUUUAUAGGUAACCAGUGCAAGGUUGACAGAACCGGGCUAAUAUGUUCAUACUAUCAGAUUGUCAUGGCAGUAUAAAAUAAACAGGAAGGAUGAUUUUGCAACACAAAUAAGCGCUCAAUCUUGCAACUGAAAUAAAUAGGUUUUGCCAAUGCCUCCUACAGAAUACAAGAAUUUCCCCGGCUAAGGUACAAAACAGCAAAGAUAAUGAAAUGUGUUGCGUUUAUAAAGAAUGUGAAUCUGAGUCAUGCCCUAUGUUGCAGUGGCGCCGCCAUCUUGGGAGGAUCAUACUCCACUGCUAUUAUUGUUUUGAUAUGUACCGUUACUUGUUUUGUUUGAUGUAUGGAGAAAUCGAAAGUGAAAGAACCAUGGGCUGUUCCCAAACGACUCUGCGUAAUGCUAUUGGAGUUUUUAACACAGCAAGACCGACCUACCAUAAUUAUAUUUCCUAAUCAAACAAGAAAAACAAAACACUGCAUUCAACGCACUAGCAGCCAUCCUCCCAAGAUGGCGCAACAUUCAAUGCGGCGUGACGUCGAUUGACAAGCUCUAUAGAGGGUAUGCAUUGACAUCACUUUCCCACGUGAACACGCCGGGACACGCUCCCUUGAGAGGUAAAACUAAGUCAAAAUGGCUGCAUUCAAUAGGAGGAACAAAAACCGGGACUAAAACACGCAAUUAUUUGCUGAAACUACAAGCAGCUGGACUCGGCGGUGAUCCUUACGACUAUCUUAUGACUUACAAAGGAAUCCGGUGUUCUUAGACACUCAAAUGUUGCGCGGAAUUGCAUUUCCUGAUAUUGUAACCAUUCAUUUUGCCCAGUGUUUUACCACUCAAGCAGGCGCGUUCCGGCGUGUUCACGUUGGAAAGUGACGACACGUGCAUACCCUCUAUUGUAUGCAGUGUAAAGCUAAUGAAGGAAACAUGUGUUUAAACUUUAAGUACUAUACUAUUGUAUAAAGCAUACGUUAAAUACUAAAACUACUUUUUAUUUGUGAGUUGCUAUUGAUAAAAAGCCAAACAUGUGUAUAUCAAUGCAGCUUUCAUGAAGAAAAAUCACUGAAAGCCUUCAGAUCUGGCGAGUUGUUUGAGAUAUGUGUGCACCCAGGAAGUCCGAGCACAAAAAGCUAAACCGAGUUCCCUUUCACGCCUUCUUACUCUAAAGCAGACAUAUAAACACAAAAUUACAUAAAAAUUCCCAUAUUAGCAAGAAUCCUUUUAAAAGUAGUCCGUUUCGUAAUCAAACAUUUGGGAAACAAAACGCACUUGUGUUUCAGUAUAGUGCGCGAGCUCUUAAAGGGGCAGCAGCAUAAUAAAAAUCUCUUUAUAAUGUUCAUCAAACAACAAAGGACGGGCCCCAAAACACUCACUGAUAUGAAAGGAAUUGUGUUCUCUUAGAUGAGUUGUUAACAACAACAAAUAAAGGAAGAAAGUAGCAUGCAGUAAUUUAGUUGUUUAAGAUGUGCUUUAAGCUUUCCUGUAGCUCAGUGGUAAGAGCAUAGCGCUAGUGCCAAGGUCUCGUGGGUUGGAUCCCAGGGGAUUGCACAUACUUAGAAACAAAAUGUAUAGGAAAAUGCCAUGUAAGUUGCUUUGGAUAAAAGCGUCUGCCAAAAUGCAUAAAAAAUGUUUUAAAAAAUUGUGUGUUGACAGAGUUUACAUGUACAAUAAAAAUAAUUAUAUCAUAAAUAUAUCAUAAUGAUUUGUAUUAAUUUAUUAAACAUUAUGUAUUAAACUCGUUUGGAUGUAGUUUUAGUGAUUCUUUAUUCCUAUCUCACCCCACGACUCUGGUGCUACCAAAUUAAGGGCUGGUGUCACCAACUGUAUUACUUGAUCGCACCAGUGCCACCUCUCUCAAAUGUUAGUCUAGAGCCCUAAUAUUAAUAUUUCAUAUGAGACAUGUAACUUAUCCUUUUACCACCAUUUACGCUCAACUCUUCUGCAAGCCUUUCUGAGCAAACAAGUUGAAUCAGGUUUAGUAACAAGGGCCUCAUUUAUCAAUCUAACGUAGAAACGAGGCAGAUCCGUGCGCAGAAAUCAUCUUACGACAGGGUUCACGUGUGAUUCAUCAAACAUUCG